AUGGUGCGCGUCUUCCUCGCUUCAUCUUUGAGUCUCGCGCUCGCACAUGCGCUCAACACGACAGCGCCGCCGGUCCAUGCGACGGUGACGGCUGACCUCGAUGAUGCUGCCGUGCUCAAGCAGUUCCAAGCGUGGCAGGCCUCCCCCGCUGGCCAGUUUGCUCGCAAGCAAGGCCUUCUGGAGAGUGCGGACGUCGGUCCUGACCCGGCUCGGCUCGCUGCGUUCAAGGAGACACUUCUCACGGUAGCCGAGCUCAACCAAAUGCACACCAGCGCGACCUUUUCGGCCAACAACCCGUUUGCUGCGAUGACCAACGCUGAGUUUGCGGCCUACAUCAAGCGCACUGGCGCCGACGUUCAGGCCAAGACGGACCCGGCACGCCUCGAGAUAUCGACGGCGACCGACUCGGUUGACUGGACGUCGUCGGGUUGCGUCGCGCCCGUAAAGAGCCAAGGUGUGUGCGGCUCGUGCUAUGCCCACGCCGCGGUCGCCGCGGUCGAAAGCGCCAUGUGCCUUUUGAGCAACCCGCGCAAGCUCGUGACGUACUCGGACCAGCAGCUCACGAGCUGCGGUCCUGGCGGCUGCACCGGUGGCAUCUCGUUGCGAUCGUUCAACUGGAUGUUUGCAAAUGGCGUGUGCACGCAGGACGCGUACCCGUACACCAACCAAUUCACGUCGGUCACGCAGACGUGCGAGACGACGUGCAGUCCCGUGAAGAUCCCGUUCAAGGUGCUUGGCAAUUUGGUGGGUGAGAAGGAGCUUGAGGCCAAUCUGCGGCGGCAACCCAUCGCAACGACGAUGGCCGCGUCGAGCGCUGUCUUCAGGAACUACGAAAGCGGCAUCAUCACCACCGGCUGCGACACAGAGAUCAACCACAUGGUCCUCGCUGUCGGCUACGGCACGGACGCGGGUCUUCCGUACUUCAAGUUCAAGAACUCGUGGGGCACGUCGUGGGGUGAGCAGGGCUACGUCCGCCUCCAGCGCGGCGUUGGCGGCGUUGGCACGUGCGGGCUUGCGACCAGCGGUGACUUUCCGCAGAUCACGCCACCGACGUUCGGCUUGGUGACCGCCCGCGGCGGUGCCAUCUACGAGUACUACGGCAACGUGUUCGUUGGCGCCGCGAGCAACAGCGCCAACGAGCAGUGGCGCUACGAUGCGACCACGCACCAGCUCAUCGUGAGCUCCAACCAGCAAUGCCUUGACGCGUACAAGGACAGCGCGUCCGGGCAGUUUCGCGUCCACACGUAUGCGUGCGACGCAUCGAAUGGCAACCAGGCCUGGACGAUCGACGGCGCUCGCCAGCGCAUCAAGCAUCGGACGCACCCCAACUUGUGCCUCGAUGUCGACCCGACGCAGAACAACAAGGUGCAGGUGUGGAGUUGCUACGACAACGCGCCCAACCAGCGCGUCGCAAUCACCGAAGAAAAGGUCAAGCUCCACACGUUCAACGGCCGGUACCUCGUGAGCGGUCGAGGCAUGCCGCAGUUCGUCUCGCUCUGGGGUGCGCCAUUUGAGUGGGUCGUCAGCAACGUCGAUAUGACGUGGCGUGCGCGCUCGGACGGCGGCGGCGACAAGUGCUUGGACGCGUAUGAGCCGUGGAACGGCGGCACCGUGCACAUGUGGCCUUGUGAUGCCGACAAUGCCAACCAAAAGUGGCGCUUCGAUGCAGCCACGGGCCAGCUCCGCCACGCCACGCACACUGGGUUUUGCCUCGAUAUGGCGACGACGACUGGUGCCAAGCCGCACCUCUGGACGUGCAACUCGCCUGCCAACGACUUGCAAAAGUUUACUUACGAGUCAUUGAGCUUUCCGCAGUAAAAGUGCCAUCUCACCGUUGAAAAUUAUGACUUUGUGUCCAUUUUACCCCUGAAAACUAUGAAGCUAUUCUCAAUAAAUGACGCGCAG